AUGUUUCGGGAUUUGGGCGGGGUUGGAUGGCUGCAGGCCUCGAGCAGAUCAGACGGCGUCGGCGCGGUGGCCGGCGAUCCGGUCAGCGUUCAACUCGGCUCUGCAGAUUUUUUUCGAAUGUGUACUCAGACGAGCGCCAGUGCGGCGGGACAGCCGGCCCCGCAGCCCACGAUCGGUCAUCUACCUGUCGAUCUAACCCGGAUGGCUUCACCUCGAACAGGUAAGAUUGCCAACCCGGCUACCAAGUACUCAGCAUCUCUCAGCAUCUAUCUGUCCGAAUUCCGCUCCGCAAUGCAUUGGGACAUCUGGGGAAAAGAUGAGGAGACUGGCAAGCAAGAGGAAGCGUGUGGCGCCAUGGACGACCGGCGUGAUGGGAUCAACGUCGGCAAGAUGAAGAAUCACAAAUCUAAGAUGAUCCUACCAAGUGUGGUCACCGUGGCUAUCGGCCUUUACCUUGGCCAACUUCCGUUGUCCGCAUCCGCCCAUGGCUUGUUGGCCAGACAAAGCUCAGCAGACCCUCAAGCUCUCAAAGGUGCCGCCCUCGGCCGCCGGGAUUACGACUACGGUAAAGACCACGGCUAUGACUCCGGAAAGGGCUACUACAACUCCGGCAAGUACGAGUACGGCAAGGACUCCUACGACUAUGGCAAAAAAGAUUCCGAGAAGAAGAGUUAUCACCAAGAAUCGCAAAAGAAAGAGGUCUACGACAAGCAACAAUACGAGAAGAAGGACUACGACUCCAACUACUACGGUUCGUAUUACAAGCACGGCCACAAUGACAACAAGAAAGACUACAAAUAUGACGGAAAAUACGACAACAAGGACUACAACAAGUACGGCGACAAGAAAAAUUACGACGAUGACAAAUCCGACAAGAAAGACUACAAAGACGACGGAAAGUACAACAAGGACGACAAGAAGGACUACAACGACGAUGGAAAGUACGACAAGAGGAACUACAAAGAUGACAAGUCCGACCAGAAGCACUACAAGGAUGACGGGAAAUCCGACAAGAAGGACUACAAGGACGACGUGAAAUACCAGAAGGACCACAAAUACGACGGCAAGGACGACAAAAAAGACUACAAAUACGGCGAUAAGAAGGACUACAAGGAAGACAAGAAGAAUUACUCGAAAGACGACUCCAAGAAGUACGACGACCACAAAAAGUACAACGACGACUACAACAAGGACGACAAGUCCAAGGAUUCGUACAAGCAUGGCGACAAAGACUCGUACAAGUACGGCGAAUACAAGAAGGAUGGCGACUACAAGAAAGACGACUACAAGAAAGACGCCUACAAGAAAGACGACUACAAGAAAGACGACUACAAGAAAGACGCCUACAAGAAAGACGACUACAAGAAAGACGACUACAAGAAAGACGCCUACAAGAAAGAUGGCGACUACAAGAAAGACGACUACAAGAAAGACGACUACAAGAAAGAUGGCGACUACAAGAAAGAUAGCGACUACAAGAAUGAUGGCGACUACAAGAAGGAUGGGGACUACAAGAAAGAUGGCGACUACCAUUAG